GGGCCCAGGCCAUCCACGCAGGGGUCAGUGGCCAGCGCCUUCCCUUCCGCCUGCAGGCUGCUGAUACGCAGGAGGAAAUCCUGGCAGGUUCCUGUGGGGGUGAGCCGGUGGGGGCAGCUUUUAAAGCGAACGCCCGCCCUGCCCUGCCUGCCCGCCCUGCGCCUGCAUCUCAGAGUUCACUCCGCAGCGGCGGCCGCAGCAACUUCUGACUUCGGUCCUGGACAGUGGGCUACCAGCCCCUGCCGGCCAUGGCAGAGCCCUGGGGCCGCCUCCUGCUCUGCCUCCUGGCCUUCUGGCUGUCAGGCUCCAGCUUCACGUCGGGGCAGAAGGUGCAGUCCAAGCACUGCGAUGUGAAGACCAAGUUCAUCACACACAUACCCUGCACCUCCUGCGCUAUCAAGAAGUGGAUGUGUCCUUCAGGCUGGCUGCUUCAGCGUUUCCCAGACAAGAUAUCCCAGAACUGCCGCUACGAGGUGCAGCUCGGGGACUCGCUGGUGUCCAUGAGCGGCUGCAGCAUGGAGUGCUGGAAGGAUGUGGUACAGAAGGCCUGCUGCCCUGGCUACUGGGGCUCCCAGUGCUAUGAGUGCCCCGGGGGUGCUAAUACCCCAUGCAAUGGCCACGGGACCUGCCUGGAUGGCCUGGCUGGGAACGGGACCUGUGUGUGCCAGGAAAACUUCAGCGGCUCAGCCUGCCAGGAGUGCCGAGACCCCCGCCGAUUUGGGGCCGACUGCCAGUCGGAGUGCAGCUGUGUGCACGGCGUGUGCAGCAGUGGGCCACAGGGGGACGGAAGCUGCCUGUGUUUUGCUGGGUACACUGGCCCCCGCUGUGACCAAGAGCUGCCUGCCUGCCGGGACCUGAACUGCCCCCUGAACUCCCAGUGCUCCCCAGAGGCUCCCACCUGCAGGUGCCUGCCCGGCUAUACCCCGCAGGGCAGCAGAUGCGUAGCUCCUAACCCCUGCCAGUCGUCACCCUGUUCCUCGAUGGCCCGUUGCUCAGUGAGUCCUGAGGGACAGGCUCAGUGUCACUGCCCUGAGAACUACCAUGGCGACGGGAGGGUGUGUCUACCCCAGGAUCCAUGCACCACCAACUUUGGCGGCUGCCCCAGCAACUCUACCGUGUGCGUGUACCAGAAGCCAGGGAAGGCGACGUGCACAUGUCAACCAGGCCUGAUCAGCGUCAACCAAAACCCCUCUGCGGGUUGCGUCGCCUACUGCUUCCCCCACUCCUGUGACAAGUCAGCCACUUGCCAAGUAACCCCCGAAGGGAGGACCAGGUGUCUGUGCAAGCAGGGUGAGGUGGGGGAUGGGCGUGCCUGCUACGGACACCUGCUCCGUGAGAUACAGAAGACCAACGAGAUGGGCACACUGUUCCAGCGGCUGAGAGUCGCGGUCGCCAUGCUGGAGCAGGGCUGCCGAGAGAUCCUCACCACGUCGGGCCCAUUCACCGUGCUGGUGCCGUUGACCUCCUCCAUCUCCUCCAGGAACAUGACUGCACUGCUUGCCCAGCAGCUCUGCAGGCAGCACGUCAUUGCGGGCCAGCACAUCCUGCAGGACGGGGGGACCCCGAGUACACGCAGGUGGUGGACGCUGGCUGGCCAGGAGAUAACGAUCAGCCUCAACCGCUUGAGAUACACCUACACGUACGCGGACCAGCCCAAGCAGACAUUCACUGUCCACAAGGCCAACUACAUCGCCGCCAACGGUGUCUUCCACGUGGUCAAUGCUCUUCGGGGGCAGCCCCUGCCUGCACUGCCUGGGGACCCCAAGCAAACUGUUGCCCAGAUCCUUGCCUCUAAUGAGGUCUUCAGCCGCUUUGAAACCAUUCUGGAGAACUGUGGGCUGCCCUCCAUCCUGGACGGGCCUGGGCCCUUCACGGUCUUUGCCCCCAGCAACAAGGCUGUGGACAGCUUGCGGGAUGGCCGUCUGAUCUACCUCUUCACCGCGGGUCUCUCCAAACUGCAGGAGCUGGUGAGGCACCACAUCUACAGACGUGGCCAGGUGACUGUUGACAAGCUCAUUUCCAAGGGGCGGAUCCUCACCAUGGCCAACCAGGUCCUGGCUGUGAAUAUCUCUGACGAGGGGCGCAUCCUGCUGGGACCUGAGGGCACCCCUCUGCGGCAAGUGGACCUGCCGGCUGCCAACGGCGUCAUCCACAUGCUGGAGGGCAUCCUGCUGCCCCCAACCAUCCUGCCCAUCCUACCCAAGCACUGUGAUGAGGAGCAGCACAAGAUCGUGAUGAGUUCCUGUGUGGACUGUCAAGCCCUGAACACCAGUGUGUGCCCCCCGGACAGUGUGAAGCUGCAGGACAUCUUCCCCAAGGAGUGCGUCUACAGCCUCGAAUCUGUGGGAUUCAAUGUGCUGAAGAAGGGCUGCGCGUACUACUGCAACCAGACCAUCACGAAACUUGGCUGUUGCAAAGGGUUUUUUGGGCCUGACUGCACACAGUGUCCCGGGGGCUUCUCCAACCCCUGCUACGGCAAAGGCAACUGCACUGACGGGAUCCAGGGCAAUGGCGCCUGCCUCUGCUUCCCGGACUACAAGGGCAUUGCCUGCCAUAUCUGCUCCAACCCAAACAAGCAUGGAGACCAGUGCCAGGACGACUGCGGCUGUGUCCACGGUCUGUGUGACAACCGUCCAGGCAGCGGGGGUGUGUGUCAGCAUGGCACAUGUGCCCCCGGCUUCAGAGGCCGUUUCUGCAAUGAGACUGUGAGGGACUGUGGCCCCACGGGGCUGGCUCAGCACUGCCACCAGCAUGCCCACUGCAUCAGCCAGGACGGUGCCUCCAGGUGCGUCUGUCUCGACGGCUUCGACGGCGAUGGCUACUCCUGCACACGGCGCAACCCCUGCUCCCAGCCGGACCGCGGUGGCUGCUCAGAGAACGCUGAGUGUGUCCCUGGGGACCUGGGCACUCACCACUGCACGUGCCACAAAGGCUGGAGCGGGGAUGGCCGCAUCUGUGUGGCCAUUGAUGAAUGUGGGCUGGACACUCGAGGUGGCUGCCAUGCCGACGCCCUCUGCAGCUACGUGGGCCCGGGGCAGAGCCGAUGCACCUGCAAGCUGGGCUUCGCCGGGGACGGUUAUGAGUGCAGCCCCAUCGACCCCUGCAGGGCAGGCAACGGCGGCUGUCACGGCCUGGCCACCUGCAAGGCAGUAGGGGGCGGUCAGCGGGUCUGUACAUGUCCCCCUCAUUUUGGGGGUGAUGGCUUCAGUUGCUAUGGAGACAUCAUCCGGGAGCUGGAGGCAAAUGCCCAAUUCUCCACCUUCUACCAGUGGUUCAAGAGUGCUGGCAUCACUCUUCCUGCUGACAGCCGCGUCACAGCCCUGGUGCCCUCCGAGUCUGCCAUCCGUAGGCUGAGCCCUGAGAACAAGGCCUUCUGGCUGCAGCCGAAGAUGCUGCCAUACCUGGUCAGGGCCCAUUUUCUCCAGGGCGCCCUCUCUGAGGAGGACCUAGCCCGGCUAGGUGGGCAGGAUGUGGCCACGCUGAACCCCACCACGCACUGGGAGAUCCGCAACAUCAGUGGGAGGGUCUGGAUACAGAAUGCCAGCGUGGAUGUGGCUGACCUCCUCGCCACCAAUGGUUUCCUACACAUCGUCAACCAGGUCUUGCUGCCUCCGCGAGGGGACUUGCCGGUUGGGCAGGGGGUGCUGCAGCAGCUGGAUCGGGUGCCUGCCUUCCGCCUCUUCAGGGAGCUGCUCCAGCACCACAGGCUGGUGCCCCAGAUCGAGGCUGCCACUGCCUACACCAUCUUUGUGCCGACAAACCAGUCUCUGGAGGCCCAGGGGAACAGCAGCAGCCUGGACGCAGACACGGUGCGGCACCACGUGAUCCUGGGGGAGGCGCUGUCCGUGGCAGCCCUACAGAGGGGGGGACACCGCAGCUCCAUGCUGGGUCCCGUCCACUGGCUUGUCUUCUACAACCACAGCGGCCAGCCUGAGGUGAACCACACGCCGCUGGAAGGCCCCCUGCUGGAGGGUCCCGGCUACUCACUGUUCGGCCUGUCGGGGGUCCUGACUGUGGGUACCAGCCGCUGCCUGCGCAGCCACGAGGAGGCCCUGCGGGAGAAAUGCAUAAACUGCACCCGGAAAUUCCGCUGCACUCAGGGCUUCCAGCUGCAGGACACGCCCAAGAAGAGCUGCAUUUACAGAGCAGGACUUGCCUUCUCCCGGGGCUGCUCCUACACCUGUGUCAAGAAGAUCCAGGUGCCCGACUGCUGCCCUGGCUAUUUUGGCACCCUGUGUGAGCCGUGCCCCGGGGGUCGGGGAGGUGUGUGCUCAGGCCACGGGCAGUGCCAGGACAGGUUCCUGGGCAGUGGGGAGUGCCGCUGCCACGAGGGCUUCCACGGGACAGCCUGUGAGAUGUGUGAGCUGGGCCGCUACGGACCCAACUGCACCGGAGUGUGCGACUGUGCCCACGGACUGUGCCAGGAGGGGCUUCGCGGGGAUGGAAGCUGCGUCUGUAACGUGGGCUGGCAGGGUCUCCGCUGUGAGCAGAAAGUCACCGGCUCUCAGUGCGUGAAGAAAUGCAACCCCAAUGCCAACUGCAUACAGAGCUCGUCUGGGGCCCCUACCUGUGUCUGUGCCGCAGGGUACUCGGGCAACGGCAGCUACUGCUCAGAGGUGGAUCCCUGUGCCCAUGGCCACGGGGGCUGCUCCCCCCAUGCCAACUGCACCAAGGUGGCACCUGGGCAGCGGACGUGCACCUGCCGGGAUGGCUACACGGGUGACGGGGAGCUGUGCCAAGAGGUUAACAGCUGUCUCGUCCACAACGGGGGCUGCCACAUGCACGCCGAAUGCAUCCCCACAGGCCCCCAGCAGGUGUCCUGCAGCUGCCGUGAGGGUUACAGUGGAGAUGGGACCCGGACCUGUGAGCUUCUGGACCCCUGCUCCAAGAACAAUGGCGGCUGCAGCCCGUAUGCUGUGUGCAAAAGCACAGGGGACGGCCAGAGAACGUGCACCUGUGACUCACCCCGUACAGAGGGAGAUGGUUUCACCUGCCACACUCGAGUUGGCCUGGAACUCUUUCGGGACAAGCUUGCCUCGUUCUUCAGCCUCCACCUGCUAGAAUACAGAGAGAUCAAGGGCGAUGGGCCCUUCACAGUCUUCGUGCCUCAGGCAGAUCUGGUGACCAACAUGUCGCAAGAUGAGCUGGCCCGGAUUCGGGCACAUCGCCAGCUGGUGUUUCGCUACCACGUGGUCGGCUGCCGGAAGCUGCACAGCCAGGACCUGCUGGACCAGGGCUACGCCACAGCGCUCUCGGGGCACUCGCUGCGGUUCAGCGAGAGGGAGGGCAGCAUUUACCUCAAUGACUUCGCCCGGGUGGUGAGCAGCGACCAUGAGGCAUUGAACGGCGUCCUGCACUUCAUCGACCGCGUCCUGCUGCCACCGGAUGUGCUACACUGGGACCCUAAAGCUGCUGCCGUCCCCCGGAGAAAUGUCACCACCACUGCCGAAAGCUUUGGUUACAAGAUCUUCAGCCGCCUUGUGAAGAUGGCUGGCCUCCUGCCCAUGCUUCAAGACACAUCCCACUGGCCCCUCACAAUGCUGUGGCCCACCGAUUCUGCCCUGCAGGCCCUGCCCCUUGAUCGGCGGGCCUGGCUCUACCACGAGGACCACCGUGACAAGCUGGCAGCCAUUCUCCGUGGCCACAUGAUCCGUAAUAUGGAGGCCUUGGCAUCUGACCUGCCCAACCUGGGUGCGCUCCGAACCAUGCACGGGACUCCCAUCUCCUUCUCCUGCGGCCGUGGCAGGCCCGGUGAGCUCACGGUGGGUGACGGUGACGCCCGGAUUGUACAGCGGUACCUGGCCUUUGAGGGUGGCCUGGCCUAUGGCAUCGACCAGCUGCUCGAGCCACCUGGCGUGGGCGCUCGCUGUGACCACUUCGAGGCCCGGCCACUGCAACUGAAGAUCUGCAGCGUCUGUGGGCAGGAGCCACCCUGUCCUGCGGGCUCACGGGAGGAGGGCAGCCCUGAGGCCUGUUGGCGUCUCUCAAGGUUCUGGACAAACUCUCCACUGCGCCCCUUCAUGCUUAGCAGUGUAUGGGUGCGGCCCAACUACUGGCACCAGCCUCAAAACCUGGGCAGGGGCUGCCAGCGCUCCUGCGCCACCACCAUCUGGAAGCCUGGCUGCUGUCCCGGUCACUAUGGCAGCGAGUGCCAAGUUUGCCCUGGUGGCCCCAGCAGCCCUUGCAGUGACCACGGUGUGUGCCUGGACGGCAUGAGCGGCAGUGGGCAGUGCAGAUGCCAUGUGGGUUUUGCUGGGACGGCCUGUGAGCUCUGCGCCCCGGGUGCCUUUGGACCCCAGUGCCAAGCCUGCCGCUGCACCAGCCACGGCCGCUGUGACGAGGGCCUCGGGGGCUCUGGCUCCUGCUUCUGUGAAGAAGGGUGGACUGGGCCCCGCUGUGAGGUCCAGCUGGAGUUGCAGCCUGUGUGUACCCCACCCUGUGCACCCCAGGCCGUGUGCCGUGCGGGCAACAGCUGUGAGUGCAGCCUGGGCUACGAAGGUGAUGGCCACGUGUGCGCAGUGGCAGACCUGUGCCAGGACGGGCAUGGUGGCUGUAGUGAGCAUGCCAACUGCAGCCAGGUAGGCACAGUGGUCACCUGUACCUGCCUGGCCAACUACGAGGGUGACGGCUGGAGCUGCCGGGCCCACAACCCCUGUGCGGACGGCCACCGUGGGGGCUGCAGCGAGCAUGCUGACUGCCUGUACACUGGCCCGAGCACCCGGCGCUGUGAGUGCCGUGCAGGCUAUGUGGGUGAUGGACUGCAGUGUCUGGAAGAAGCCAAGCCGCCCGUGGACCGCUGUCUGGGCCGGCCAUCACCCUGCCAUUCGGAUGCUGUGUGCACUGACCUGCAUUUCGAGGAAAAGUGGGCCGGUGUCUUCCACCUCCAGGCCACCAGUGGCCCUUACGGCCUGAACUUCUCAGAGGCUGAGGCAGCGUGUGAGGCCCAAGGUGGUGGCCUCGCUUCAUUCUCUCAGCUGUUUGCUGCCCGGCAGCUGGGCUUCCACCUCUGCCACAUGGGCUGGCUGGCCAAUGGUUCUGCUGCCCACCCUGCACCAGACUGUGGUGAUGGUCAGGUGGAUGUGGUCAGCCCUGGCACCCGAAGGAACCUCUCGGAGCGCUGGGAUGCCUACUGCUACCGUGUCCAAGAUGUAGCUUGCCGAUGUCGGGAUGGCUUUGUGGGUGAUGGGAUCGGCACGUGUAAUGGGAAGCUGCUUGACGUACUGGCUGCCACUGCCAACUUCUCCACCUUUUAUGGGAUGCUGCUGGAGUAUGCCAAUGCCACCAAGCGAGGCCUGGACUUCCUGGAUUUCCUGGAUGAUGAGCUCACCUACAAGACACUCUUCGUCCCUGUCAAUGAAGCCUUUGUGGAUAACAUGACCCUGAGCGGCCCAGACCUUGAGCUACAUGCUUCCAACACCACCUUCCUGAGCACAAAUGCCAGCCGGGGGACCUUGCUUCCUGCCCACUCAGGUCUCAGCCUUGUCAUCAGUGAUGUGGGCUCUGACAACAGUUCUUCGGCCCCUGCGGCUCCAGGGACAGUCGUGGUUGGGCGUGUCGUUGUGUGGAACAUCAUUGCCUUCAAUGGCAUCAUCCAUGCUCUGGCCAGCCCCCUCUUGACACCUCCACAGGCUGGGGCGGUUAUGGCGCCCGAGCGCCUGCCUGUAGCAGCGAGUGUGGGGGCUGUGGUAGCCACCGGGGCACUGCUUUGUCUGCUGGCAGGAGCCCUCUAUCUCCGAGUCCGAGGCAAGCCCACCGGGUUCGGCUUCUCCACCUUCCAGGCGGAGGAUGAUGCUGACGACGACUUCGCCCCCUGGCAAGAAGGGAGCCCAACCCUCGUCUCUGUCCCCAACCCUGUUUUUGGCAGCCACGAUGCCUUUUGUGAGCCCUUUGAUGACUCACUCCUGGAGGACGAGUUCCCGGACACUCAGAGGAUCCUUGCUGUCAAGUGACGGUCUGAGGUCAAAGCAGAGCCGAGUGGGAAGCAACCACUUUUAUUGCUUAUCUGGACAGAUGCCCAGUGUGGACGGGGCAGGAGGGAGUGGGGGUCUGUCCUGGACAAUAAAGGUACCCUCAGCGGAUAUGGGCCAUGUCGCCAA